CCGGAGCAGCGGCAGGGUCUCCCGCUCGGGCUGGACUGAAUAACUUUGGGACCGUCCGCCAGUGUCACGUCCUGAACAUGAGCCUCCUCCUCGCCUUCUACCUGCUCGGGUUGCUUGUCAGUAGCGGGCAAGCUCUUCUUCAAGUGACAAUUUCACUUAGCAAGGUAGAGCUUAGUGUGGGUGAAUCCAAAUUCUUCACGUGUUCAGCAAUUGGUGAACCUGAAAUUAUAGAUUGGUUUAAUCCACAAGGAGAGAAGAUAAUUUCUACACAGAGAGUCGCUGUGCAAAAAGAUGGUGUUAGGUCAAGAUUAACAAUAUACAACGCCAAUAUAGAAGAUGCGGGGAUAUAUCGUUGUCAGGCAACAGAUGCCAAAGGACAGACCCAAGAAGCUACAGUUGUUUUGGAAAUUUACCAAAAACUCACUUUCAGAGAAGUGGUAUCUCCUCAAGAAUUCAAACAAGGCGAAGACGCGGAGGUGGUGUGCAGGGUCAGCAGUUCACCGGCGCCUGUCGUCAGCUGGCUGUAUCAUAAUGAGGAAGUCACCGCUAUUUCCGACAAUCGGUUCGCUAUGUUAGCCAACAAUAAUCUGCAGAUUCUCAACAUCAAUAAGAGUGAUGAAGGAAUAUACAGAUGCGAAGGCAGAGUGGAAGCUCGGGGAGAAAUUGACUUCCGUGAUAUAAUUGUGAUCGUUAAUGUGCCACCAGCAAUCACAAUGCCACAGAAAUCCUUCAAUGCAACGGCAGAGAGAGGAGAGGAGAUGACACUAUCCUGCAGGGCCUCUGGCUCCCCGGAACCCACCAUCAGUUGGUACAGGAAUGGCAAGCUUCUUGAAGAAAAUGAAAAAUAUCUAUUGAAAGGAAGCAAUACAGAACUUACGGUCAAAAAAAUAAUGGACAGUGAUGGAGGCCCUUAUGUCUGCAGGGCCACAAAUAAGGCAGGAGAAGAUGAAAAACAUGCAUUCCUCCAAGUUUUUGUGCAGCCUCACAUAAUACAGCUUAAAAAUGAGACUAUAUAUGAAAAUGGUCAAGUCACACUCAUCUGUGAAGCAGAAGGGGAGCCUCUUCCAGAAAUCACUUGGAAAAGAGCGGUGGAUGGAAUCACCUUUUCUGAAGGAGAUCAGAGCCCUGAUGGCCGUAUUGAAGUCAAAGGGCAGCAUGGGAGCUCAUCAUUGCACAUUAAAGAUGUGAAGUUGUCAGAUUCAGGGAGAUAUGAUUGUGAAGCUGCAAGCAGAAUUGGAGGGCACCAAAAAAGCAUGUACCUUGACAUUGAAUAUGCCCCCAAGUUUAUAUCAAAUCAAACUAUUUAUUACUCUUGGGAAGGAAAUCCAAUCAAUAUAAGCUGUGAUGUGAAAUCAAAUCCACCAGCAUCAAUCCACUGGAGAAGAGACAGAUUAGUAUUACCAGCUAAGAACGCUACUAAUUUAAAGACGUACAGUGCAGGAAAAAAGAUGAUAUUGGAGAUUGCACCUACAUCUGACAAUGACUUUGGACGAUAUAACUGCACAGCCACUAACCAUAUAGGAACAAGAUUUCAAGAGUAUAUUCUUGCUUUAGCAGAUGUGCCAUCUAGUCCUUAUGGAGUGAAAAUUGUAGAACUGUCACAGACCAUGGCCAAGGUUUCCUUUAACAAACCGGACUCCCACGGAGGUGUGCCUAUUCACCACUAUCAAGUCGAUGUCAAAGAUGUGGCGUCAGAAACCUGGAAGAUAGUACGCUCCCAUGGAGUUCAAACAAUGGUUGUUUUGAACAACCUGGAACCAAAUACAACAUAUGAAAUCAGAGUUGCUGCUGUAAAUGGAAAAGGGCUAGGCGAUUAUAGUAAAAUAGAAAUCUUCCAAACACUUCCAGUUCGUGAACCAAGUCCUCCAUCCAUCCACGGACAGCCAAGCAGUGGAAAGAGCUUUAAACUCAGCAUUACCAAACAAGAUGACGGUGGUGCGCCUAUUCUGGAGUAUAUUGUGAAAUAUCGAAGUAAAGAUAAGGAAGACCAGUGGCUAGAGAAAAAAGUACAAGGAAAUAAAGAUCACAUUAUUUUGGAGCAUCUACAGUGGACAAUGGGAUAUGAAGUACAAAUUACAGCUGCCAAUAGAUUAGGAUACUCUGAACCAACAAUCUAUGAGUUCAACAUGCCACCCAAACCCAACAUAAUUAAAGAUACACUUUUUAAUGGCCUUGGCCUUGGAGCAGUCAUUGGCUUGGGCGUUGCAGCGCUAUUGCUAAUCCUUGUGGUAACAGAUGUCAGCUGCUUCUUUAUUCGACAAUGUGGCUUACUGAUGUGUAUCACCAGGAGGAUGUGUGGGAAGAAAAGUGGCUCCAGUGGCAAAAGUAAAGAACUCGAAGAGGGCAAGGCUGCAUACCUGAAAGAUGGAUCAAAAGAACCAAUAGUCGAGAUGCGAACAGAGGAUGAAAGAAUUACUAAUCAUGAAGACGGGAGCCCAGUGAAUGAGCCAAAUGAAACUACACCACUAACAGAACCUGAAAAAUUGCCUUUAAAAGAAGAAAAUGGGAAAGAGGUGUUGAAUCCAGAAACUAUAGAAAUUAAAGUUGCCAAUGAUAUACAAUCAAAAGAAGAUGACAGCAAAGCUUAACUAACUACAGAUUGCAGCAGCUUGAACAUCCCGGCAAAGAGUAGAUGGAUUACAGUGACCCUUAUGACCAAAACUAUUCCAUUGACCUUAAUUUCUUGGGAAACUUUUAGCUUGGAAUAGCUUGUACACAUACACAUAUAAUCAAAUAAUUCUGUCCAUGAUUCUUUUCCUUUUGUUGUUGUUGUUGUUGUUUAUUUUAUUAAGAAUUUUAAUACAGAUAUCUGACUGGCACCAACACUUGGGUACCAAUUGGAUGAAGUGAUAGAUCUACAAUUUAUUAUAUGAUAGAGUGCUUUAUUUCCUAAGAACUGUAUUCAUACCAUAGCCACUUUAGCACAAAGAGGAAUAACAUAACAAAACAAAAUAGCAGCAACAACAAUAAGAAAAGCUUUGGGAGAUAAAUGGAUAGGAAAGCCCUGCAUGUUGCUGAGUCUUAUUUUGGGCAAUUAGAUCACUAAAGUGGCUUUUCGGUUUAGGAUGAAGCACUUAAUAAAAGUAGUACUUUUAUCAACAUAUGUUAAGGAAACCCAGGGUUUCAAAAGGGCCAGAUUUCCAUGUUUAUAGUGUUAUUUCCAUGUUGAUUUUUGAUAGUGUGAAGUGCCAGAUCAAAGUUGUUACCCAUUUAAAAGAAUAUUAGUUGUGUGUGAAACCGGAUUAGAAUGGCCCCUAAAAUUCUGUGUCUUUAUAUAUGCCAUAUUCAUUCCAAAUGGAUUACGCAAAUAUUAAAUAUAUUGCGAAUGAAAAUAAUAUUGAUUUCUGCCCUCAGCUUCAAAUAAAAUAAAUUGAAACGGGAACAAUAUCAAUGUCUUUAUAUAUUUAUAAGUAUGUCAUUACCUUUUCAUUUUCAAACAAGUCUCUACUGUUCAAACAAUUAAUAUCAUAGCCUUAUAUACAUUUUUUAAUCCUAUAGUUUUAGACAAUAUUUGUUCGAAACACAUAUUCUUUGUGGUUUAAAUCAACCAUCAAAUUUAAUUGGCUAAAAUUAAAUAAAACUCUUUAAUGUUUAUACAUGUUUAGCAUGUCAAUGACAAACAAUUGACUUCCCACUAUAUAUGUUUAUUCUGGAUGUUGUAGUUGGAGUCAUUUUUAAAAUUUUGAUAAUUAAUUUUGGUUAAAGAAAUUCUUUAUUUAUUCAAUGUAAACUUUCUAAUAUCACUUGUUGGAAACUAAUCCAGAGUAAAAUACAUAUUAACUUCCAAGCUAUGCAAGCUCCCUGAGGCAAAAGACUGAGAUGUGAUUUUGAUUUCUAUUAAGUUAAAAUAUAUAUUUCUGAUUAUAAAUAUACAUGCUAAUUGGGAGCAAGUUUUAGAUUAUUUUCUCCCCGGAGAAUCAAAAUCCUGUCGUCCCUUCAGCAUUGAUAACCUUUAGUGUUUCAGAUGGGAUUCAUUCAAAUAUUCACCGGCAAGACGAUUUGUUCCAGUAGAAUAUUGGAGAAAUGUUUAGCAGUGCAGAACUAGCUGCUUUGGGUAUCUCUCUAUAGAGAUAAUAUAAUAACUAUUAAAUCUAAUAUUAAUGCCACUAAACCACUUUUAUUUACAAAGUGCUUGAAUUGUCAGCCAAGGAAAGACAGUUUAUUAUACAUCAUUCUUCACUUUUUUUUGGCUAUCAGCAAGACAGUAUAUGAGCAUCUGCAUAUUGAGGCACUAAAUAUCCCAUGUCCUUGCUACAAGUAAGGCAUCACUCAUGCUAACCUUGCUGAGGUAUUCUGAAGAAAAAGAGAAGAAUUUCUGUGCCUACCUACAAGUUUGAGUUGAGUCUAAACAGAUACACCUGUUCAAUCACUUUGACAAAGUUGACUAACUGGUUUCUUCAGUACUCGACUGUUGUUAUUUAGGUUAUGUUUGAUCAUCUGUUUUGCUUUAUUUUAUUCGUUCACUUUAUUUAGCUAAAACUAGGCAAAACAUUUGAAUUCGUGCAAAGUGCAAAUGGGUUCAGUGUCUAUGAAGUAACGGCAAUUAACAUUAUGUUCUUAUUGACAUAGUGUUAACAUUAAGAAGAGAUUGUUCAGAAAUAAUGAUGAAGAAAGACUUAGAAAAGCUGGAAAGAGAUUUAGGAUGUUUCCUAUUGUUAUAUUUGUUAUAUUCGAGAACAGAAUUAAACAAUAACACAAAAUAUUUUUGUGUUUCUUCUAUUUGAAUACUUCUGUUUUCCUCAUUUCUUUAGAUUGUCCAUGUAGACCAAAUCAUUUGAUUAAAUUUCUUGCCAUGCAUGUCAGGUAAUUAUGUGAGAUAAAGAGAUAAACUCAAGCUAAUUACAGUUAGUGUUUCAAGUGCACUGUUUCUAUUGUGCAAAUGGUCCUUCACUUCUUGUCCUUGGAAUCUAUGCCAUUUUAGGCAAAACUGUGAUUUUUAUUUUAACAUUUCAAUGGAAUGCUCCAAAUUACUCUAUUUGUAGCAAUCCCUAAGAGAUGGGUGUUGUCAACUGUAAAAUAGGAGUACAACUGAAGUUAUAAUUUCUUACUUUCAUUUUUAUUCUAGAUUAAACAGCUCCAUCUAACUGUAUAACUAUUAAUUUUAUUGUUUCAGAAUUAUCUUAAGUGUUAGUAUAAAAUAUCAAAAGAGUUGACUGUCCAAAUAAGCUGAAAUCUACACUAAUUUUAACCAACAAACCAAUAUGUUACUGAAAAUGUUGGUAUUUCAUGAUAGGUUUUGUGCAAUUAGGCAAUGACAAUCUAUAUUAAAUAACAUAUAAAGGGGAAAAGAAUAUAAGCAUUUUAAGGGAAAUAUUCUUUUAAAAUAAAACUGACACAAAUUUAUUUGUUACCCUUUUGCUACCAUUUACAAAGCAAUUUAAUGAAAUAUUGUUAUUUCUAAAGAUGUAUUUAUUAUUAUUAUUGAAUGAGACAUCUGUUAUCCAAUUGUGAUUAAUGUCUAACAUUAAUGUAAUAUUCAUUAAUUUUAUAUUUUCUUUAAUAUUAACAACUCUAGAAACCUUCUUUUAAAAGGAUAUUUAAUCUAGGCAACUUUAAAUUUUUGAGCUGAAUAUUUAUAU